AUGGACCAAGAGCUCUUGAAGCAAAGAAAAGAGAAAUACAGGCAGUGGCUCCACAAUCACAAUAAACACAAGGCCAAUGCCAAAGCGCCAAUGAAGCUCCGAAAGAAAUGGACAGCACACCAGGUCAUUGAAGAGCAGCGGAAGGCUGACAUUCUUCAGCAAAUACAUGAAGAAAUUGAGGAGGAGACUGGGCAGAAGCCUGGGCAGACAGAAGUCCUCAGGAGGUAUCAACCAACGAUGAUGGCAAUCAUGAAAGGGCUGGAUCACAAUGAGUUGGAGGAAGCCCAGGCGAAGGCCGACGAGUGGACAAAUCAAGCACCUGACCCUGUAGUCCAGGCCAAGACGGCUAGAAAAAAUGAUCAAGCACUUCGCCAAAGAGAUAUUUACUCAGGCCAGUUCAACUUCAAUGAACACCCCAGGAGAGGAUCCAGCUUCAUGAAAUGCAAGGACUGGCAGGUCAUCUUACUGGCAUGGGAAGAUUUCAUCGGUGAUGAAUUCAGAAUAUGCUGCGGAAAACGGAAGGUCCCAGUGCCAUGGAGUGACAUAAUGAAGGGGCAGUCUCAAUUCAUCUCCAGCACAUACCUGCCAGAUGAUAUCAAGAUCACAGACCCAUCCAAAAUGCAACGGGAUGAAGCCAAUGCCUUGUUGGAAUCGUGGAUUGACGACAAGGGCAAGAUGCAUUCUCCCAUCGGUGAAGACUCUGAUGACUCUGAUGCUGAUGCUGAUGAUGAGGGCUUGUGGCCCAGGCCAACUACAAAGUCAUCGGCCACUGCUGCACUAUCAUCGGCCGGACUUCCAAAAAGGCCGACGAGGUUCAUCAAACAAGCUCAUGUUAGUUCUGCUGAUGAAGAAUCUAACAACACUGAUGCAUAUGUGUCUCUGCCAAAAGUAAGGAAAGAUGCCCCUGACUGUGUGGGGAAAGGUGCAAUUACAGAACACAGUGACCAGAGCUUAAUCCUGGCAAUGUUGCCAGUGAGGGCAUCUGCGCCCCUGAAGGCGGUGACAAGAUUACUGCUUCCCAAUGGCGCACAUUCUGUCUUUGUGGACAGAGCACAGGGAGCAACGGGCAUCUGGGUCGGGGCAUAUACAGAUGCAGGAGAGGAAGCAGAAAGGGGAGAGGAAAGCAACGAUGCUGAAGCCGGCAUAUUUGAGGGGUUUUCCUUGGGUGUUGGCAUAGGUGUUGUGUUGGGUUACAGAUCGUUUCAUGUCGAGGGGUUUUGUAUGGCGAUGGCGGUUAUGGAUGUGUCGGCAAUGAAAGGAGUCAGGGGUUUGUGGCAGGGGUUUGUCAUCGGGGGUGGUUCUGGAAUAAUGAGCUUUGGUGGCGAAGAACUGCUGGUUCUUGUAGUUGCAGUGUCUUCCUCAUCAGAAGACUCAUCAAGCUGGCGGACGCCAGACUUGCUUGGCUUCUUCGUUGUUCUUGUCUCCUCGGCACACCUUCAGGUGGAACCAGGAAUUGUUUGCUCGAUGGCCUUUCUGCUGGCACUUGAAGCAGAGGCCUUUAUCGAAGCACUUCUGUUGUUCCUCAGGUGUGAGGGUACAAUCCACGUCCAUAGCAUUAGGGUCACAUUGGUGAACCUGUGGUCUAGGGACGUGCCAGUUGCUGGAGGGGCAUACCAAUCAGUUGUUGGCAGUGACAGUGUACCAUUUGUCAAUGGUGGUGGGGACAGUCUCCUUCGUGUAGACAGCAUUACAAAGCCCAGCCUUCAGUCCUCAUUUGAAGAAGUGGAUGAGCGUGAGGUCCUGCUUGACGCUCGCAGUGGAGGCAAGGGUCUUGAAUGCUGCAAUGUAGGGUGUCAUGUCUCCAACCUGUGUGAGGCAUUAGAGCUUAGUCAUAGCCUCAGCUUAUCAGUCGAUGGCUUGGAAGGAGGCGUUGAACUGGGUCUUAAAGUCUUUGAACGUGCUGAAGUCCACUGGGACCUUGUCAAAGGCCUCCCUGUAGAAGGUGUCUGCCCAGAUGCGUAUUUCCUGAUCCAGGUAGUCGUGGUGUCUGUUUAG